AUGAUGUACUAUCGACGGCGACUUUUAUCGUCCCGGCGAUUUUCAACGAAAAAGUUCGUCUUCAACUGUAUUUUCGUGUAUUUUCCGAGUGUUAUUGUCUUGGUGAGUGAAAAGGUUCGGCUCUCGCAUACGAAAAGUUUAGCCCAAAAUGGUUGUUUCUUCUUAACUGAUUAUGUUGUACAUUUUGUGUUUUUCCACGCAAAAACUAUUCGAUUGUUCGAGAAAAAACAGUAUUAAUGAGUAUCCUCCAGGUGUUCUCGUUCCUCGGUCCCACCGAUUUCUCGUUCAUCCGUUCGCUGCUCCUCUCCUCUUACAACAAAUCCGUCAAUUUACGUGACUAUACCCUUUUCGGAUUCUCGGACAUUACCAAUAUUUUCUGCUCCUCGUCCACUCUGAUAUCUGCCACCCACUCCUACAUUCCGCCGUUCGUGGCCAUGUUUUGGAGAAGGUACGUUUUUUAUAUUUCCCAAAAUGAAAAUCUAAAAAGAUUCCAGAAAAAUCGUACGCGAAAUCAACAGCCAACAAGCGGUCCUGUCUUCCCGUACCCAGGCACAAACUCGCAAUUUUGUGCAGUGCUUGACGUGGCAAACAUGUUUGCCACUCUUUUUUUACGUUCUGCCCUACACUUUUUAUCUGCUUCAACAGGCUUUCGGUAAGAGAAGCGAUUAAACAUUUGAAAGUGCCUGUGCUCUUCCAGGAAUCGGCUCCGUGCUCACCGAAUACCUCAUUUUCCCGCUCAACACAUUUUCCGCCACGUUGGAUCCGAUUUUUAUGCUCUACUUCAUUAAACCCUAUCAAAAACGGGCGAAAAUCAUAAUUUCCGAGCUUUUCGGCAUUACGAUGCUAUCCAAUACUGUGUCGCUUGCCACUGUUAACAGUCAAACUUCUCAGUUUUGA